AUGCCUUUGAGUGUCUGGUUCCACGACAGCAAGGCAAUCUUUGCAAGCCUGCAAAAAGCGUGCGGCCCCUCGUCUUCAAUUGAGGGCGCCGUCUUGGACGUCUUGGCUCGACUUUGGCACCAGCCUGAAACUACGCAGGUUGAGACCACCCUCUCGUCACUUAGCAUAUCUGAGCCUCAGCCAUCAGAUAAUACGACACUCGCGCUGUACUCCAGUAGCAGCUGUGGGAGCAAUAGGGUCUCUUAUUAUACUGUCUCGUCAGACAAGGCAGCUGUUGGAGGCUGUAUUCCAUUCUCCAGCCAAGUCUAUGGCGUCCAAAUCGUGUCGCUGGGAAGUGGCUGUUCUGUCGAACUAUCCAUGUUUCCCGAUUUUGGUGGCUUCGCUUGCAGCUCAGACUGUGGAUACUCUGAAGCCAGCAGCGAAUGCUUGGCCGGAUUUGGAGGCUCUGGCUAUGGUUCUUUCAAGGUGUCUGGCGAUGAUUGUCGUCUCCCGGAAACAGCUCCAGAUAGCGUAGCUUCGAGUGCGACAUCCGCAUCGACACGAAUGUCCAGCGCCACGUCGACCACGAUAGCGGCAUGGACGUCCAUCGCAAGUGCUUUUUUGUCGACAGCUCGAGCUCCGACGACCGUUUCCAGUAGAACUUCAACCUCUGCGACAUCUGCCCAAGCAGCCGCCACGUCGACAGAAGCAGCAGGGGGCGGAGGUGGUCUGAGCAAAGGAGAGAUUGCUGGCAUCGUCGUUGGCGCACUGGGCGGUUUUUUUACACUCCUUGGAACAAUCGGCACCAUCUGGAUGUGCUGUCGUAGGAGGAUAUAG